AUGCAAACAGUAAAAAUACAUAAAACCUUUGCUGAAUAUCAAAUUGAAGUGAAUGAAUAAGGAAAAAUAUGGAUUAUGGAAAUACGCUAUAGUACACUGUGGCAAUUCUAUCAAAAACUUAAGAAACUUUUUGGCAUCUAAUUGACCUUUCCAUCCAAACACAUAUUCGGGAACUUAUGUCCAGAUACAUUGAAAAAAAGAGCCAUCGGAAUUCAAUAGUUUCUACAGGAACUGAGCAGUAAUUAUAAACUCAUUAAUUCUGACGAGUGCUCUUAAUUUCUGACGAAGUAAAAACACUAUGGAACCCACAUUAUCGAUCUUACUGAAAUAGAAGAAUUUUCAUUGGAUACCUGA